AAACGAUAGAGGUAGUUUGUUUCAUGAGAGUGAUGAUCUCAUCGUGGAAACACCGUUGAGAGAGGCGGUUCGCUUCGGUGUUGUUGUGAGAAAGAUGAGUGAUCUUCAGGAACCAAGCACAAGCUAGGGAUCUUGAGCAAUAGAGCUUGGAACAUGGAAGUACAAUGGCUGAGGUCAUAUAACCAGAUGUCUCUUCACAGAAUGUCGGUCAGUUACGUUCAUGCUUUGACUUAUACCUCAUUAUUUACCAUAUCUUCUUUAUCUGUUCAACAGCAAUGGCUCAAGUAAUGCCACCAAAGCCGAUGGCUAAUCUCCCAGCCUUGGUCGAGAAGGAAACCCUUCCAUUGAUACCUCCCGGAGAUUAUUCUCCUUGGAAGCGUCUCGAUAAUAGCUUUACUGUUCAUCCUGACAGCCCUCCCCUGAGCUUUCCAUCGUCAGAUACAGAUGAUCUUGAUCAGUCACUGUGUCGGUCUGUCGAGGUCAGCCAGAACGAUGAGCCAGUCAUUGCAGUCAUUGGUGUUGGCUAUGUCGGCACACAUCUGGUCAGCUCAUUCUCCUCAAAAUAUCAAGUCAUUGGGUUUGAUGUCUCUGCCAAGAGAAUCAAGGACCUUGGUCUUGAGUAUCAAGAGCAUGAGAACAUUUGUCUCUCCAGGGACUCACAAGACUUGCGAAGAGCUACGCACUUCCUGAUAUCAGUGCCAACACUUCUCAGGCCUGACAAAACCAUCGACUCAUCCUAUCUUCGUGAUGCGUUGAAGACUGUGGGUGAAGUGGCUCGUUCUGGGUCAACGGUCGUGAUUGAAAGCUCUGUGGCGAUCGGUAUGACCCGUCAACUACUCGGUCCAUUGGCUGCCAACCGCCAGUUCUUCGCCGGCAUGUCUCCUGAGCGAGUUGAUCCUGGCCGCGUCGAACCUCCUGUCCAGUCCAUCCCAAAGAUCAUCUCAGGCUUGGACGAUAUCACCCCAGGCUCCCUCGACGCGAUAAACAGAAUCUAUUCUACUAUCUUCGAGACCGUUAUUCCUGUUUCGAAGCCAGAAGUAGCCGAGAUGAUGAAGCUUUAUGAAAACUGCCAGAGAAUGGUCUGCAUCGCCUAUGCCAAUGAAAUGGCAGAUGCAUGUAUCCCACACGGCAUCAACCCAUAUGAAGUCUGCGAGGCAGCCUCUACAAAACCAUUCGGAUAUAUGCCGUAUUCUCCUGGUGUCGGCGUGGGCGGACACUGUAUCCCAGUUAACCCCUUCUACCUCCUGUCAAAUAGUCACUUCCCUUUGAUCGAGUACGCUACACUUGCGAUGCAUUCUCGACCAUCAAGACUAGCCGAGAGGAUGCUCAAGAGACUGAGACAAAGAGUCACAGUAAGAACACCUCGGGUCCUUGUAGUGGGUAUGGGCUUCAAAGCUGGCCAGUCACAGAUUGACAACUCCCCAGGAGCAGAUCUCGUCAAGAGUCUCGCUGUUUCGCGAGAAGUGGAUGUAUGUUGGGCAGAUUCUCUGGUCAAGCAAUCUGCACUACCUCAAGUACGUCGUCUCUUAGAUGAAGACUGGCGGAACGAUGUCCUGAGAAAGUUUGAUAUCAUUGUUGUGGCUUCCAGGCAGGCGGGUAUGAGUUUUGAUAUCCUGGAUGAGCUGGAUGGAGUUGAGAUUGAGAGGUGGUGUCAAUGAUUCAUAGUAUGGCAAACGUAAUUCGGCAACGCAGAUAUCCAUAGAUUGUCAAUAUUGCAAUAAAUUAUGUAUCGUAUUGCAUAA